AGUAAUACACCUCUAACACAUCGUCAACAUCCGGCGACACGUCUCUGAGCCGCCCUGCUAAGCCUCUCGAUGCAUCUUUAUUUAUUUAAACCGCUUCAGACUCUUUAUUUAAAGGAAAUGCUGUUUGUUUGACGCUCUCUUCCAACUUGAAAGCCAGUUUUAAAGUGUAGCUAACCGGGUUAGACAACGCCAAUGGGGGAGGUGAGGAAGCUGCAGAAGAAGUUGAGACAGAUUGAAAAUCUGGAAAUAAAAAUCAAUCUCACCCCAGAGGAAAGAUUCAAGAUCUCCAGGAAGGCGGAGCUUCGUUCCAGAUUGGCUGAGCUUCAGCUGCAGCUUUCUGGCCCGCAGCAAACUCUUGGGAUUGUGGGAGACGGAAAAAAGGAGAAGAUGAAAAGACAAGUGGAGGAUGUCCCUGAGGCCCUUCCAUCACAGACGCCUCCAGCCUCCAAGAUCCUUAAGGGAGAAGAGGAGUCCAGAGCUCAAGCAGCGCCAGCCCCGGCUGCCAGGCAGAGGAAGGCGGAGAUGGGCAGAGAGCGGGAAAGGACAGCGGCGGCCAAGGUGUCAGAUAACUGUCGGGACGUGUCAGGCGACUGCGCGGGCUCUGACGAGGAGCGGCUACUACGGCAGGAAGAAGCUGAAUUUACAUCCCUCAAAGCGUCGUGGGAGAAGGCGAAGUUUCGCUUGAGGCUGUUGCAGGGUCACAGUGACAUAGUCACCUGCGUGGUUGCUGUUGACAACCUGGUGGUUUCUGGGAGUCGAGAUACGACAGUGAAGGUGUGGCACGUUCCCACUGCAACAGAGCACAAGAACUUAGGAGGUCACACCGGCGGGGUCACCUGUCUGGCAGCACCUCCCCCUGAGUAUUGCAAGAGGCUGGCCUGGUCCCUGUCUUUGUCCGACAAAGAGAGGUUUAUCUUGAGUGGCUCAGUGGACUGCUAUGUGAAGAUCUGGGCCCUGAGUAUUGGGCAGUGUGUUAAGUCUAUCUACACAUUCAACGCUGUGACCGCGCUCUGCUUUGUGCCGGAGGAGGAUGGCUACAUCAUCACUGGAUCAGACGGGGGGAAAGUUCAAGCCUGGAGCUGGGACACUUUCCAAAACUGCCAGUCAGUCAAUGCUCACCAGGAAGCCGUCACCUCCAUCCAGUCUCAGGGUCCACUGGUGUUCAGCGGCUCGGCUGAGGGAGGGUUGUCUGUGUGGGAGAACCGGGGUUCGGAUAGAGACCCCCUGAGGCUGCUGCACCACUGGAACAGCCAGGUGACAGGCUGCGGAGGGGAGGCGUGCGGGCGUCUAACCCUCAGCCCACGGGGAGACAGAGUGUUCCUGGCUUAUGGUCGAGCCUGGCUCAAAAUCCUGCACUGGAGGACCGGAACGAUGACCAGACUGACCAAUCACAGCAGUAUCACCGGAGUAACAGAUUGUAUUCACCAGACGGGAGGCCUCCUAAUUGGAUCCUGCUACGAUCUGGCGAAUGGAGAGAGCAGGCUAAAUUUGUUCUCUCUGCCUCAGUGUCGGUACCUGGCCUCUCUGACCUGGCCUGACGCUCCCAGAAUCAUCUGCUUUGCAGCAUGGACCACUGGGAGCGGAGACCACCGAUGGGUCACCGGAGGUCAAGACCUCAUCGUUUGGGAGCAGCUCCCGAGUUCCGGGAGGCAAAGGGGUGAUGUCACGGCAAGGAUAGACAGUCUAAUGGAUUCCUGUUUACUGGAGUCAGAGGGAGACACUGAAGAUGAUGAGGAGACUGAUGAUUACGAGGAUAACGACGAAGGCGGCAAUGAAGGAAAAGACAGCCGGUCCGCCGCCGCGGAGGAGGACGCAGGGUCCGGCUCGUGGCUCCGCUGCGCUCUCCAGUGAGCGCCACUUUCUCGUGCCGAGAACACCACGGCCUGCAGCCAUGAAGAGGAAAUGAGAGGGUGGGAGCGAAGUGACAGCGAGGGAGGGUGCAGGGGUGUGAAGUGUGACAGACCGAGUAUCAGUGUUGGAAGGAGAAAGUGAGCGAGUGUGCGUGUGAGCGCGAUAAGCAGAUUGUUUUCUGUGUAAAUAUUAUUUUCACAUACAAUAAAGCUGUCACACUGUGACUCUCACCAACAAAUUUGCAUCUCUUUUUUGCUCUUUUUGUAUUUCCGUCUGACCCCGUCUCCUCUGGAAACACCAGUUCUUUAGCCUCCCCUGCCAGCGUAAAUGAAUGUAAAUUAAAUUUUAUUCCCGUCAUCCCUUUCUCUCGCGCCUCUUCCUCUUUACUGUCUGUAUUUCUGUCUCUUUUUUUCUCUCUGGGGUGUCCUUGCUGUCUUUGUAAACACAAUUGGAGAGGUUUCUUCUUUUUUUUUUAACCUCCGCCUCCAAAAUGAGCUUAUUAAUGUCGUCCUCGGUAUCAUUUCUGUUUGGCUCGUCAAAUUCAUUUCUUUUUCCUCUGUGUCCGUUUAAUUGAACCCAUUAAAAAAAAAACACAUAAUUAGCAUUUAAAUCUCUUUCCUACAGUCUCUUGCCCUCCCCACGUCGCUCUCUCUCCCCUCUCUUACUCCACCAGACUCUGCAUGUCUCAGUCGCUAAGGCAACCGAUGCUUUUUUUUCCCCUCCCUCCCUCUCUCUCUCUCUCUCGCUGUAUCUCCCCCUUUCUCUCUGUCUCCCUCUCUCAUUCCCUCUCUCCACAGCCAGAGAGAGAGAUGAUCGGAGAAGAGGAGUCUCAGUGAACAGAGUGAAGCGAUGGAGAGAUG